AUGAUGCUCGCCGCCGACAUCCACCUCGGCACCAAGAACUGCGACUUCCAGAUGGAGCGCUACGCCUACAAGUGCCAAUCCGACGGUACGUCCACGCUCAAGCCCUCUUGUCCUACCAAGCGCUUGUCCUCCUCAUGGAUCUGGCUUUACCUGUGCGCCCCCGAUCUGCCGUUGGACGGCAUCUACAUCAUCAAUCUGGGCAAGACGUGGGAGAAGCUCCAGCUCGCAGCGAGGGUCAUCGUGGCCAUCGAGAACCCCCAGGACAUCAUCGUCCAGUCCGCCCGCCCCUACGGCCAGCGCGUCGUCCUCAAGUUCGCGCAGCACACCGGUGCCAACGCCAUCGCCGGGAGGCACACCCCUGGUACCUUCACCAACCAGAUGCAGACCUCCUUCAGCGAGCCACGCCUGCUCAUCCUCACUGACCCAAGGACCGACCACCAGGAUAUACUAGUAGUGUGUGUUAGAUGCAGCUAUGUUGAUGACGGAGUUCUUGCGUGAUGCAUCUACUGGCUCUAGGCCAGGAUGGUUCUGCAGAUUCCCAGAGAUCGACCGUCCUUGCAUGAUGUGAAUCGAGCUGCUGCUUGGGACAUUGCGUCUCAGCAUUUGUUCAGUGGGUUUGACACACAAUUUCAAUCAGUCCAAAGUGAUUAG